UCCUCGUGAACCCCUAACCCACCCGUCCUAACCUUAGCCCUUUAGCCCUCUCCCACCCAAAAUUAACCGCCUUCUCUCUCCCUCUCUCUCUCUCUCUCUCUCUCUCUGACUUUUUUUUUUCCUUUCUUCCUCGUGUUAUGGCAUCCGGCCAGGACGACACCGUUUUUGACCACGACCUCGACGACGACGACGAAUCCUCUCAGUCUCAAGAUGACGACGACGAUCUUGAAAACGACAUGGUCGAAAACGAUGAUGUUCUAGCCGACGAGGAGGACGAAGAAGACCUCAACUCUGUUUCUCCUUCCACUUCUUCUCCUGCCGCCGUUCCUGUCGCCGUCCCCUCCGCCUCUGUCGUCACCAUCGCUGUCCCUAACGGCUCUGACCCUCCCACUGGGUCGAUGGAUUCUGCACCUGAUCCUAAGCGUCAACGCGUUGAAACGACGCUGGUUAUUCAGCGGCCUGAAGAGAAAAAGCCGCAACCGCAGCAAAUAGAUGAAUCAAGACGGCUUUUUCAACGGUUAUGGACGGACGAAGAUGAAAUCGAGCUUCUCCAAGGGUUCCUUGAUUAUACGACGCAACGAGGAACCAAUCACCACGACACCGCUUUGUUCUACGACCAAAUCAAGUCAAAGCUCCAGCUUGAUUUCAACAAGAACCAACUGGUUGAGAAAUUACGCCGUUUGAAGAAGAAGUACCGUAACGUUCUCACCAAAAUCAGCUCAGGUAAAGACUUCUCUUUCAAGAGCCCUCAUGAUCAGGCAACUUUUGAGAUUUCGCGUAAGAUCUGGAGCGCUACUGGUAAAAUCGGUGUUGAAGAUGGAAAUUUAGAUGAUGAAGAUGGAAACCCUAACCCUAACCUCCCUAAUUUCAACGAUGGUGAAAUUAAAAUUGAGGAUCAAAAGUCCACGCCUAGGUCACGGAAAAGAUCGCGUCCGCGGCCAUCUACUGCUGCUGCAGCUGCUGCUGCCAGUGUUAAAGUUGAAGAUAAACGCUUGCCAAACGAGGCAUUUGUGACUAAUGUUGACAAUAACAAUACCAAUAACAUCAUUCAUAAUACUAAUAAUGUGAAUGUUUCGAGUUUAAUUGAAGAGACCAUGAGGAGUUGCUUGUCCCCCUUGUUUAAGGAGUUAAUGAGCAACUUAAUGGUUGCAGGGCCAUGUAGUGGGAGGGGAAUUGGAGGAUUGGCAAUGAAUGCCAUGCCAUUGAGUUUUGGAGGAGGAGAAAUGAUGAUGGAUGAGAAGUGGAGGAAGCAGCAGAUAUUGGAGUUGGAGGUCUACUCCAAACGAUUGGAGUUGGUUCAGGACCAAAUUAGAUCACAAUUAGAGGAGUUGCGGUCCAUGGGUCGAUAGUCAUGACAGAAUUUUGGAGUAAGUUUUUAUCUCACAAAAAUGUUUCCUUUGGUCAUUCUGGGUAGGGGUUAACUGCAAAUUUUUUUUUUUUUUUUUUUAAUUUUUCUUUUUCUUUGAGGGUGGGUCCGGAUGGGAUCUUGUUGUUAUCUUUGGUCCUUUUUCUUUUCUUUUUUUUUUUUUUUGGUUAUUUGAUAUAACAGUUGUUGAAUAAUUGUUUUACUAAUUUAUUUAUCAGUGAAUAGUUUGUUCUACUUGUAGAUUUGGCUUGAUGCAUAGAUUGAAGUGACUCUUAGAAUAAAGAAACAGCUUUUAUCUUAA